GAAUAAGAAAAAAAUCUCCCAUACGCCAGAGGGCGCUUUAAGCGGUUGAUGACGCGGUUUCUUACUCUUGUGUCUUUGUAUUUUGAAAAUAGAAACCGACGCUGUUGUCCUGGUACUGAAGACAACAGUUACCAAACUGACCCUUUAAAGAUGGAGAGUCUAGACUUUUCUGAGGAGGAGAUCCAGCAGCAGUUGGCUGCUCUUGGAUACAGAAAUAUUCCCAGACAAAGACUGCGGGAAUUCAAGAGAGAUCUAGAUCAGCUGAUUCUUCAUGAAAAGUCAAAGAGCCACAGCUCCACUGACUGGACUUCUCCAACAUCUCACAGCAGCUCCAGCAGAAGUCCACCUGCUCUUAUUAAAGAAAAGGUUCAGUUGAACCACAUCAGCCUCUUCAACGCCAGCUCAGCAGGGAAACACAGAGAGAUUUUCUCCUCCACGUUUAAUGAGGACGAUCAUGGAGACUACUAUGAUUCAUAUUCAAGGCACACAGUUGCUCAAAUACCAGCUCGGCCCUCCACGGCACCCAACAGGCUGGAGACAGAGACAGGGCCUCCUGAAAUAUUUCACUCAGUUUUGGAUGGUAGUGAGACAACGAGUCCCGACAGAGAACAUCAGGUUCAUUUAAAGCCUGUGAUUAAAAGGAAAGUGUUAAGGAAGCAUCAAGGUCGGUCUCAAGUCUGUGAUGAGUCCACGCACAGUGAAGAUUCUGGUACAGUUAGUGAGCUGGAGGAGCGUUUGGACCGAAUGCGGAUUGGUGCAUCUCGUGUGCACUACGACUCGGAGAGUGAAGCAGGCGCCAGCUAUACGGACAGAUCCAGCUCCGUGACGGAGGAACCACCGAGUGCUUUCCAAGAAUACAUCAAAGGCAUGACACGUUCACACAGUGAAAGCGAUAUCCGACCACGUCCAAAGUCAUUUAUACGGCCAGUGUUUGAUCAUCCUCACACAAGGAACUUGAAGAAAACCGAUCCAGUGGCAAAGUAUUUCCAGUAUAAGCAGGACUGGGAGAUGUUUAAACCUCCAGGAGAGAAGAGCAGGAAGGACCUGCACUGGGCCAUCAGGGAACAACUUAUGUAUCAGCCUCCACCAAUGAGACCUCAGAAGACGUAUAUCCCCAACAAUUAUGUGGUUCCAACAGAGAAGAAGCGAUCUGCACUAAGAUGGGAGAUCCGACAUGAUUUAGCACAUGGCAUUAUCCCACCAAAAAUCUCCUAUCCCUAAUACAGAGAAUCUUCCACCUAUGCCUUAUUUUUUUAUAUGCUUAAUGCUUUUAUUUAUUCAUGAUGUUGAUUUUUUUUACACUAUUGUACAUGUGAAAUGAGACCUCAAGAUCAUUGUUUUUAUGAAAUAAACAUUUUAAUAGGUUG